CUCACCACCACAAUUGUAACAAAUAAGCUCGAUUGACUCUAGUUGGCUGAAUUGGUCUUAACUCGGUCCCUGCUUAGCGCUCGUAUGAAUUUGAUUAGACCAAUUUAUAAAUUAAUAACAAUCAAUGAGUUUUGUUGUCGCCCUUUAUUGUUCUAAUUAAUCGCCAGGCCCGGUUUUGUCCGAUCGCCGGACUUUGUUUUCCCUCGCGGCCCGAACUUUUUUUUUCUCGAGUUCAAUUUUAACCGGUCUACUUUCAUAUAUGUUCAAAUUGGAGCCGACAGACAUGGAAGGUGCGCCGUUUGACGACACUAUUUUCUCGGAUUUUUCCGGCAAUGGCAAUUCCAUUGGGAAACUUCAGAACAACGGGAACGGAGUCCAUUCCAUCCAGGUUAUGUUGGGACUUCAAUGUCCGGAUAUGGAUCAGCUUCAAGGCAUGUACCACACCGAAGAAAUGACUUUGAUUGAGGAACAGCCGCCAAAGCGCAAAGAACCACCAGUAGCUGUCGAAGCAGUCACAACAAGCACGAGCAGUAGCAGUAGUAAAAAGUCAGAAUCGAAAAGUAAAAAAAGUGAUAACAACGGGGUUAAGAAGAAAAAAACCAGGACGACGUUCACCUCGUACCAGUUGGAAGAGUUGGAGAGGGCUUUCGAAAGGGCGCCUUAUCCUGAUGUUUUUGCAAGGGAAGAACUGGCCUUCAAGCUCAGCCUCAACGAGGGGAGGGUACAAGUCUGGUUCCAGAACAGGAGAGCCAAAUGGAGGAAAAGAGAACCGCCGAGGAAGACCGGAUAUAUGCCAACAGCAAGUUCACCGACAUCAACUUUAAGCAACGGCGGUGCAUUUACAAAUUUGACCAAUUUGAACACAUACACCGGGACAAGCGGAAACCAAGGACAGGCGGCUUUGGUGGCUCAAGCGGCACCCACUUCUUCAGGAGACCCUUGGACUUCGUACACUUACGAUUCUAUAGGCUCCCACCCGAACAUGUUGAACAGUCCGUACACAAACACCAACACGUACAACACUCCUUCGUCUCCGGUUUACUCUAACGUCUUCAGUAAUAUCCUGCCCUACCUCGAGUAUUCCUAUGGCGGACCUGUGAGAAACCACGAAUUUGUACCAUUAGAAGAGGAACAGUACGGCGCCAUGGCGGACCUCGGAGCGGACAAACAGCCCAUGAUCGAAUAUGUGCCUCAGCUGGAGGAAAAGUACCACGAACAACAGGAGAAGAGGGACAAUUUGGGAUUCUGCUUCAAAGAAGAAGCCAGAGAAGAACCUAGGGACUACGUCCCCUUACCACCGAUCAAUUUCAAUAACUAACAUAAUUAUUUUCAUUUUACCCCAGAUUUAUCGUAAUAUUACCUUUGUAUUUUUAUUGAAGUAAUUUUUAUCUCAAAUAUUUAAGUAAAUAAUGUACAUAUACUUUAUAGAUUCCCUGCGAGAGCUUUUUCCCCAGUUUUUUCUCAAAAUCAUUAGUAGCGUUACUUAUUUCCUUUAAUGUCUUAACAUUGAGAGAAUCCAAACUAUUAGAAAAUUUAAAAUAAUUUUAAUUUCGAUAUUUAUCUAUUGUAUAGUAAAUUAAUUGUAAUAUCUACUGUUUUUAAAAGCUUUUUAUACCUUUAAUAAGUGAGCUAAUGUUAGACUGUAAUUUACUAUUUAUGAUGUAAAUUUUCCUCCAUAAAAUUACUGUACAAAACAUUUUAUAAAACUUGUCAAUGUUGAAGCUGCGUGAAUAAUUUAUUAACCGAUUAUAAAGAGCAGGUCAUUGUGCAAUAUAAUGAAAACGACAGUUGAUUUUUGCAAUAAUGUACACCAAUGAAAAUUAUUUUAACGAGCUUUAAAUACGUUAUUUGUUGUUUUUUAUAUUUUAAAGAAUUUGUGCAUUCCUUGUGCCUUUUAAUUUUAUUCCGGCAAUAUGUAUAUACAAGUAAUCUUAGAAUAAUCUGUGUGGCUAUUUCAAUUCUUUUUUAGUAGUAUCUGUUUGUAUAAAUGUUUUUCGUAAAAUGA